UCACGGUUGAUCAUCGGUGGUGGUGUUGCUGGGCUGACAGCUGCGAAUCGCCUUAGCGCGCAUGGAUUCGAAAAUAUCACAAUCCUGGAAGCUAGAGACAGACCAGGUGGUCGAACGUAUUCAAAACCUUUCGGGGAUAGCUACAUCGAAUGUGGUGUGCAGUGGAUUCAUGGACAAGAUGGAAAUGUUGUUUUCCAAGUCGCAAACGAAAAUGGUUUGGUGGAUCACGACUGUCCAUACUAUCUGGAGCAGUUCUAUGUUUGGCCUCAGCUGACCGAAGAGCAAUCUAGUGUGGCCUCAGAAGUCAGUUCUCUUAUUUUAGAAGCACUGGAUAGAUGCCAGAAGAUGUCAACAAAUCGUAGUCGAAAUGAUACGCCGAGUGUCUUUCAGAAGUCACUUGGCCACUUCUUGCGUCACAGUCUCCUCGACUACAUCAGCAAAAACAGUUUGGCCAGUGACAAGGUUCAACUUGUUGAGGCAUGCUACGACUGGGCAGUACGAUUUCAGCAAGAAAUUCAGGGAUGCCGCUGCCUCACAGAUGUCUCUGCUCUAUUUUUUGGCCAGUACCGUGAAUGUGAUGGGAACAUUUUGACUGAGCUGAAGCACGGUUAUGGAAAGUUUGUGGAUUUCAUUUUGCAAGGCUUCCCUUCGAAGUGGCUACAGCUUAACAAAUGUGUGACCAGUGUGACAACCUCUGUGGCACCCCUUUCGACAAACACCUGCGUUAUGAAUGAGAGGCCACAUAAUCACCUGAAGACUUCUUUUGCAGCUGUUCCUUUAAGUAGCAACAAACCAGUAAUCACUGUGACGUGUGAAGAAGGCUCAGUUUACAAGGCAGACCAUGUAAUAGUCACUCUGCCUCUGGGCUGCCUCAAAGCGCAUGCCACGCAUAUUUUUGACCCACCACUGCCUGAAAAGAAAAUGCUGGCUAACAGGUCACUGGGAUUUGGUGCUAUUGACAAGGUAUUCCUAAAGUACAGUGUGCCUUUCUGGAAGGCUGGCGAUGUGUUCCAAGUACUGUGGCUCGAUGGUUUCAACCAGUGUGGGAACAAAGUGGAAGGGGAUGACAUGUCUGCAUGGGUAACACACAGCCAGCUGAAUACUUCCUGGUUCAGAUAUAUUGGGAGAUUCAUUGCUGUGCAUAACCAUCAAGAUCUGCUGUGUGCAUGGAUAACUGGGGAAGGAGCAAAGUAUAUGGGAACACUAAGUGAUGACGAUGUCCGCAUUGGUUGCCACAACGUCCUUGUCCAGGUUCUUGGAAAGAAGGACUUGCCUUUACCAUGCGAGGUGGAGUGGAGCAAAUGGUACUCUGAUCCUUAUUCAAGGGGUUCCUACACGUACAUCUCAGUGGCCUGUGAUUCAACCGGUGCUUUGCCUCGAGACUUGGCUGAACCGAUAUGUGAGCCUGUGGUGCACUGCGGAACAGAAGUCACGUAUCCAGUGUUAUUCUUCGUGGGCGAGGCCUACCGGUGCAUCAGCUAA